AUGAAUUGGAACUCUGCUCCAAUGGCCCGGCUUCUGUUGUUAGAUUUCUUGGUAGUUUUGGUUUCAUCCCAACAUUAUCCACGUGAUUCCAGGGACCUCAUCCAUCAUCAUAUAUCACCCCUAGGUCUACUGGAAUCAAUUCAGUCUUCCUCAGAGGAUAAUAUGAAGGGACCCUCCUCCUGGAUAGCUGUAGAUACAGAGAUAUCCACCCCAUCACAAUCAAAAUCCAGAACCUCCUCUACAACAAGGGUUCAAAGACCAGUCUCUAUGGGAGUUUUAUCUAAAAUGAACUCUGAAUCUGGCCAGCAUUCUCCAGAUGAGUCUAACAAAUCUGGACUGGCCAGGCAACCAACUGGAACCUUACCUGCCCAUACCAUAAUGCCGGCUUCUUCUUUUGGGAUCAACAGUUCCACAUCAACUCAGGCAUCCAUAUCUGUUCCCCCUCUGAUGGAAGGACCAGAGAAUCCUGGUACAGCUGAAGCAAGUACCUCCUCACAUCUGACACUGGCUGCAAGUGAUCUGAGGAAUGCCACUUCUACAGCCACCUUGGAGUCAAAUGCUUCCACACCUGCUUCCAUUAUAUUAGCAUCUGCUAAGCUUUCAUCUCCAGUGGUACCUAAGUUUCCUGUCCUGGUUACUCUUCAUCCUAAAGAGACUGAGACUCCUACUCCCGAACCUUCAGGGCAGCCAGAAUCUGAAUCUCCUCUAAUUGGAGGAUCUCUACCAAUCUUGAUACAGGACACAAAUCCACCAAGUGAUGCUAAUGUUUCCAGUGCAGACUCUGGCUCAAGGAGUCCUUCCAUCCUUUCAUCUCUAUCAACAUUGUUACUACUGUCUCCAACGCAACAUAUGCCAUCACCACCAUCAUUAUCAUUAUUACCAUCAACACCAAUGAUUUUAAAUGCAUCCAAGUCUACCACAUCUGGAAUUCCCAGAGUUCCCUCUGUGACUUCAUCUACGUCAAUGUCCACCGAGCCCUCAAUCAACACCUCCACCCUACAAUCCUUCCAUCAAACUACCCAUCAAGAACUAGAACCCACCACAUCUGACCCUACCAGAUUUCUACCAUCUGGAUCUACUCUGACAACAGGCUUAUUAGCCCCAGGGUUGACAGUUAUUUCUGAUGCAACUAGUGUAAUAGACUCAUCUCCCACCUCUCUGGUCUCCCUGGAAAAUUUCUCCAGCAUUUCAUCUGCCUUAUCACCUACUACUCCAAGUGUUCAUUUGACAUCCACCCCCACCAUCACGCCUUACCUAUCUUGGUCACAUCCUUCAAUGACUGAGUCUGUAGAUUCAUCAUGGAGCCCCACCUCUGAUGGGACUGAACUUUCCAUGCCUUCUGCCUCUUCUGCUCAAUACUCUUCAUUACAGGACUCAGUAUACCAAUCCCCAGGUUAUAACCAUGUGACUCGACCCUUGAGUUUCAAAAUCACCAAUGAAAUCUUCACAGCUGCCUUCUAUGAUCCCACCUCCCUGGAAUACAGGCUCCUGAGUGAGAAUGUGCAAAAUCAGCUGACGCCCAUCUAUCAAAGAGCUUUCUCCAGCUUUGAUCGAGUGGAAGUCAAUGGCUUUAGGCUGGGCUCAGUGGUGGCAAACACAAGCAUUGUGUUUGGAAACAAGACUCGAGCCCCUUCUCCCAUGGAUAUUGUCUGGGUCUUGUACCGGGAAGUGAAGGGAGUGGGGAUGAUGCUGGGUAACCUCUCUCUAGCUGAGAACAGCAUCCAAUCUGAAGCUUCCACACUAACUACCCUGGCCCCAUUAAUUGUGCAUGUCUCCCUUACCACCAUGGAACCCUUUGUGUCCUCACUCCUGAGACCUGGAUCUGCCACCUACACUAUCCUGGAAGGACAGACCAUGGGGUUGGUAACCCCAGUAGUGUUGGGAUUCUAUGGAUUGCAUCCCCAGGAACAGCCUCUGCUUCUCUUCAGCAACGAUGACCAGUGGGUGGCUGUCACCAUUGUGUACAAGUUUAACGUCCCUGUUCCCAUUGGUCUUCGAGGCCUGGCUGACCGUUUGGCCCGUGAAGUGACAGACACACACAUCCAGAAAUCUAGCAUCUCCGUCAACGAGGAGAAGGCAGAGCUGGCGGUAUACAGCUUGUGGCUUCGGAUUCCCGGCUGGCCGUUCACCGAGGCGCUGAGGGACAAGGCGAGCAGGGACUCCCGGGAGCUCCGGAGGAGGCUGACCCACGGGCUCACCACCAUCCUGAAGCCCACCCGGAAUUUUGCAGAAGUCAUCGUGGAAGAAUUCGUGCCCAGCCCUACGACGGCCAGAGUGAGACCCACGUACUUCAGUGCUGCCCCUUCAGAGGCUGAGGUCCGGGAGUGGCUGUCCCAGGGGCUGGGAAGCCUCGAGGAUGCUGACGGCCUCCGCGUGGAGCUGGCCGGUCCGGGCCUGGACUUGCCAAGUUCUAGACCCUCAACGCAGCCUAAAGUCUCCUUCCCUAGUUAUGCCGUGGCCAUGAUUUCCCUGGGCCUCCUGCUCUUACUGAUCGUCCCUCUGGUUCUCGUCCUGGCCUUUAAGAUAAACCUCUGCAGCCGAAUAGCUGGCCUGUGUGUCCGGAAGCCUCGCUAUGGCCGCCAGGUGACUGCGUCCGAGUACACGAUGCACUCCUAUGACCUCAAACACUGAAGCACCUCCAGGAGAAGAGACCCCACAGCCUGAGAGACCCCACAUUCUGACCCUCCAGGCCCCCUCUGGGUCACAGUUACUGCCCCAACUCAGAAAAUGAAUUGGGCUGGAAAGUUAAAGACUGAAGUGUGAGGAAGGUUUUGUUUUCCCCCUCCUUCAGUCCUGUCCCAUAAAAUCAAACCUGAACUUGAGGAGAGGGAAUUGGAGAUGGGAUGUAUGGCCAAGGGUAUUCUGGGUCACUAAUGCCCCUGUCCAAUCAGCAUCCAGGACUUUGGACUGAACCCUCCCUAUCCCAAAUCCAACCCUUCCUUCGCUUGUGCUAGAGAGCUCAUUUCAUAAACCAAGGUGAGAGACCCCAAAGUUUAAGUAUUACCUUUCCCAGGUGGUUGGGAAAUGGUUAUUUUUCACAAGUCACCUGAUGUUAUAAUCCAGAGAAAAGACCCCAAUGAGGUGAUAAGGUCUCAUGGAAA